AUGAACUCUUGUUGGGGUUUAUUUGGUUUGGCAUUACGCAUCUCAUUAUAUAAGAGACCUAGUGGAUUAUUAAAAGGCUUUUCGUACGUUGAUAGGGCAUCAACUCAAAAGCUUCUUCCAAUGCAUUUAAUAAAUCUUCAGAAACACACUGGAUGUCGUCAUGUUGGACAAGAUUCUGAUACUUCAGAUGAUGAGUUAGGUGAUGAAGAUGAGGAUGAUAAUGCCGAUGAAUUAGAUCCAUAUUAUUCAGAAGAUAUGGCGUUCAGUCCACAUUUUCGACAAAUCUCAUCAUACGUCAAAUCCUUACGUUUUGAUAAAAUUAUUCGUUUGUAUUAUGUCAAGUUAUUUUUGGUUGGUCGACCACCUUUGGCUCUAUUUUCAUUAUUUCUAUUAUUAUGUGCAGUUGGAUUAAUUGUAUUAGAUGUACUAGUGAAUAAAUCCCCUCCUAAUAAUCCUGAUGUUGAAAAACAUUGGAAUAAAUUAUUAUUAGAAUUAUCAGGAUUAGAAUUUUGUAUUAUUAAUUCAUCAAAUGCAAGAUUAAUGGCAGAAUCUUACGCAAGUGCACAUGUUUUACGUGGAUUAGAUGAUAUAAAAUCUGACAACGUCAUUAUUUCACAUGCAAUCCAUCUACCUUUAUCAAUAUAUCCUAAUGAAGAAUUUGUUUAUGAUAUGUCAUAUUUAUUAAUUGCUAAAAUGUAUGGACGUCAUAUUGGUAUUAAAGGUCCUUUAGCAUUGCAAAAACUGAACAUAUCUUUUCUGGUACCAUCAGUUCGAAAUGAAAAUCGUAAAGGAAAAAAUCUGAACUUUCGAUUUGUACAUUUAAAAACAUGUGUGACUUUUACUGCUACAUCGGCUAUUUUCCCACCAAUACUGUUACCUCCGACUUGUGAACCAAACUUAAUUGGUAGUACAUCCUCAAUAACUAGUCUUCUUGAAUGGUCCAAACGGACUGGUGUUUUUGACUCAAACCGUUGUCAUGGUCGGACACGAAUACAGACUGAGUUUCAUGUUUCUCCUCAUCUUUUACCACGUUUGGAAAAGGUAGAUAUUCUCCUCAUUUCAUCUCGAUUACAAUUUCUAAGGUCGGAAUGUAUUUUCUUUAUAAAUACUUGUCACACAAAUCAAAUAUAA